ACAGUUUUGAACCCUUUAAAGAUUCACUCUUGUUUUAUUCUUGAAGAACCAUCACGUACAUGAGUUUUUCUCAAAGAAGAACAACAAUCAGCACAAGAGAAGGAUCAUUGAUGUCAGAGCAGGAAACCUAUUCAUGGGGCUUCCUGGUAUUCUGUUUCUUGAUCCUUUUCUCAGGUAAAUUUGUUGCUGGGGAUUCAUUGGACACGGACAAACAAGUUCUACUGAAGCUGAAAUCAUACUUGGAAAAUCAAACUCUUGCAAAUAGAGGAGGAUAUAUAAACUGGAAUAAGAAUAGUUCAAAUCCUUGUGAAUGGUCAGGAAUCUCUUGCAGCCUCUUCAAUGGGACAACAUGGAGGGUUGUGAGUAUAGACCUCUCUGCCAGUGACAUAGCUGGUGAGAUGUUCCAGAACUUUUCUCAGCUCACUGAGCUCACACACCUUGAUAUCUCUUGGAACACACUCUCUGGGGUGAUUCCUGUGGACUUGAGGAGGUGCAAGAAGCUUGUGUAUCUCAAUCUCUCUCAUAAUAUUCUUGAGGGGGAGCUGAAUUUGACUGGCUUGACACGCUUGCAAACACUGGACUUGUCUGUUAAUAGAAUUUAUGGGGAACUUGGGUUGAAUUUCCCUGCCAUUUGUGAUAGUUUAGUUACUUUGAAUGUUUCAGAUAAUUUCUUCACUGGUGGGAUUGAUAGAUGCUUUGAUCAGUGCUUGAGAUUGCAGUACUUGGAUUUAAGCACAAACAAUGUAAGUGGGGGCUUGUGGAUUGGAUUUGCCAGGCUGAGAGAGUUUUCAGUUUCUGAAAACCAUCUCAGUGGGGUUGUUCCUUCCCAAGCUUUUUCAGGGAAUUGUAGCCUUGAAAAAUUGGAUCUUUCUGUAAAUGGGUUUGUUGGUAAGGCCCCCAGUGAGAUUGCUAGCUGCAAGAAUUUAGUGAUUCUUAAUCUUUCUAGCAACAAUUUUACUGGAGAUAUUCCCAGAGAAAUAGGAUCAAUUUCAGGUCUUCAAUCAUUGUUCUUGCAGAACAAUCGUUUUUCAAGAGAUAUUCCUGACACACUUUUGAACUUGACCGAUUUGUUUAUCUUGGAUGUGAGCAGAAACAGAUUUGGUGGGGAGAUACAGGAGAUUUUUGGGAAAUUCAAGCAACUGAAGUUUCUUCUGUUGAACUCAAAUUCUUAUACUGGAGGAUUGAAUACAUCAGGCAUUCUUACAUUGACAGACCUUUACAGGUUGGACAUAAGCUUCAAUAAUUUUUCAGGUCCAUUACCUUCAGAAAUCUCUCAAAUGUCUGGUCUUAAGUUCUUAACAUUAACCUACAACCAGUUCACUGGACCUAUUCCAUCUGAAUUGGGAAAAUUGACUAGCCUACACGCACUUGAUCUUGCCUUCAAUAGUUUCAGUGGACCAAUCCCACCAAGCCUUGGAAACUUGAGUUCUCUCUUGUGGUUAAUGCUUGCAGAUAAUGCAUUAACAGGUCAAAUCCCACCAGAGUUGGGAAACUGCACAAGCUUGUUAUGGUUGAACCUUGCAAACAACAGAUUGUCUGGAAAUUUACCUUCUGAGUUAACAAAAAUUGGAAGAAAUGCCAUGGCCACAUUUGAAUCAAAUCGUAAGAGUCUUGGUCAAGUUGUUGCUGGCAAUAGUGAAUGCUUAUCAAUGAGGAGAUGGAUACCUGCUAAUUACCCUCCAUUCAGCUUUGUGUAUACCAUCCUAACAAGGAAGAAUUGUAGAGCUCUUUGGGACAGAUUGCUCAAAGGAUAUGGUAUUUUCCCCAUGUGCACAUAUGGGUCUUCUUCUAUAUCAUCCCACAUAUCAGGAUAUGUUCAGCUAAGUGGGAACCAGCUCAGUGGUGAAAUUCCUCCAGAAAUUGGAACCAUGCUCAACUUUAGUAUGUUUCAUUUGGGGGAUAACAAAUUCUUUGGGAAAUUCCCUCCAGAGAUUGGAAAUUUGACUCUUGUAGUCUUGAACAUGACAAGAAACAAAUUUUCAGGUGAAAUUCCAACUGAAAUUGGCAACUUGAAGUGUCUGCAGGAUCUGGAUUUGUCUUGGAACAAUUUCUCUGGGACAUUUCCUACAAGUUUGGUCAACUUGGAUGGGCUUAGCAGGUUCAACAUCUCAUACAAUCCCUUCAUAUCUGGUGUAGUCCCACCAUCCGGGCACUUACUUACUUUUGACAGAGACUCAUAUUUGGGUGACCCCCUCUUGAACCUCCCAAAGUUCUUUUAUAACAGUCCAGAUGGAACAAAUAGGACCUAUCACAAAGACCUGAAAGAGUCCACAAAAUGGUCACUAUUUUUGGCUAUAACACUGGCUAUCUUGGUCUUUGGAUUUCUUUCGCUUAUAGUCUAUUUCUUGGUGAAGAGUCCAUCUGUGGAAUCAGGAUUCCACUUGAGGGAUAGAAAACAGGUGCAUCAUUCAGACAGCUCCGGAUCCUCAACAUGGUUAUCUGAUACUGUUAAGAUAUUCCACUUGAACAAGACAGUUUUCACACAUGCUGACAUAUUGGAAGCAACCGGCAACUUCAGAGAGGAAAGAGUCAUAGGAAAAGGUGGCUUUGGGACAGUGUAUAGGGGAGUGUUCCCAGAUGGGAGAGAAGUGGCAGUGAAGAAGCUCCAAAGGGAAGGCAUGGAAGGUGAAAAAGAAUUCAGAACUGAAAUGAAGGUUCUGAGUGGUCAUGGAUUUGGCUGGCCUCAUCCAAACCUUGUCACACUCUAUGGUUGGUGCUUACAUGGUUCACAGAAGAUACUGGUUUAUGAGUACAUAGGAGGUGGAAGCUUGGAGGAUCUUGUGACUGAUAGAACAAAAUUGACAUGGAGGAGGCGCCUAGAGGUGGCAAUUGAUGUGGCAAGGGCACUAGUCUAUUUACACCAUGAAUGCUACCCUUCAAUAGUGCAUAGAGAUGUUAAGGCUAGUAAUGUGUUGCUAGACAAUGAUGGGAAGGCCAAAGUCACAGACUUUGGACUUGCUAGAGUUGUUGAUGCUGGAGAUAGUCAUGUGAGCACAAUAGUGGCUGGCACAGUGGGGUAUGUUGCACCAGAAUAUGGACAAACAUGGAAAGCAACAACAAAAGGUGAUGUAUAUAGUUUUGGGGUGUUGGCUAUGGAGUUAGCAACAGGAAGAAGAGCAGUUGAUGGAGGAGAAGAGUGUUUGGUUGAAUGUGUUAAGCGUGUCAUGGAUUCUGGAAGACAUGGUUUAAGUCACUUUGUGCCAGUUUUCUUGGUGGACUAUGGGGUAGUUGAGGGUGCAAAUAAGAUGGGUGAGUUGCUCCAAGUUGGGGUGAAGUGUACCCAUGACUCACCACAGGUUAGGCCUAACAUGAAGGAAGUUCUAGCUAUGCUGAUUAAGAUACACAACCCAAAGGGAGACUCAAAUUAUGGGCACUUUGUUUAGUUUUUCUUUUGUGAUUAGGAAAUUAAAUGAUCUGGGAUUUU